UUCACUGACUGGGACCUCCAUCCAAUCAUGACUAGCCCUGAGUUGGCCGGCCCACCGAGCGACUCCGGAGGAGGCCACCACACUUCCCACUGUGAAUCUGUUGCUGAUGCUUCCCGCAGAGGAGGCCGCAUUGCACCUAUGACAGCCCUAAGGAGUUCUUUGCUGCCGACCUCCCCGGGGCCCAGCAAGCCUUGAAGGACCACGGGUCUGGUUUCCUGUGCGCAGACUCCCGUGGUUCACCUCCUAUGCACCCCAGCACCCCCAUCAGCUCCCUCUUCUCCUUCACCAGCCCUGCAGUGAAGAGACUGCUUGGCUGGAAACAAGGAGAUGAGGAGGAGAAGUGGGCUGAGAAGGCAGUUGACUCCUUAGUGAAGAAGCUGAAGAAGAAGAAAGGGGCCAUGGACGAGCUGGAGAGGGCCCUCAGCUCUCCGGGGCAGCCCAGCAAGUGUGUCACGAUCCCUAGGUCCCUAGACGGGCGCCUGCAGGUGUCCCACCGCAAGGGUCUGCCCCACGUUAUCUACUGCCGCGUGUGGCGGUGGCCGGACCUGCAGUCACACCAUGAGCUGAAGCCCCUGGAGUGCUGUGAGUUCCCGUUUGGCUCCAAGCAGAAGGAGGUGUGCAUCAACCCCUACCACUAUUGCCGAGUGGAGACCCCAGUGCUGCCUCCUGUACUCGUGCCCAGACACAGCGAAUAUAACCCCCAGCUCAGCCUCCUGGCCAAGUUCCGCAGCGCCUCCCUGCACAGCGAGCCGCUCAUGCCGCACAAUGCCACCUACCCCGACUCCUUCCAGCAGCCUCCGUGUCCUGCGCUCCCUCUCUCGCCUGGCCACAUGUUCUCUCAGUCCCCAUGCUCAGCCAGCUAUCCCCACUCCCCAGGAAGCCCUUCCGAGCCAGAGAGCCCCUAUCAACACUCAGACUUCCGGCCAGUUUGUUACGAGGAGCCCCAGCACUGGUGCUCGGUCGCCUACUAUGAACUGAACAACCGAGUUGGGGAGACGUUCCAGGCUUCCUCCCGAAGCGUGCUCAUAGAUGGAUUCACUGAUCCUUCAAAUAACAGGAACAGGUUCUGCCUAGGACUUCUUUCCAAUGUAAACAGAAACUCAACCAUAGAAAAUACUAGAAGACACAUAGGAAAGGGUGUGCACUUGUAUUACGUGGGGGGAGAGGUGUACGCUGAGUGCGUGAGUGACAGCAGCAUCUUCGUGCAGAGCCGGAACUGCAACUAUCAGCACGGCUUCCACCCGGCCACGGUCUGCAAGAUCCCCAGCGGCUGCAGCCUCAAGGUCUUUAACAACCAGCUCUUCGCCCAGCUGCUUGCCCAGUCGGUUCACCACGGCUUUGAAGUCGUCUAUGAGCUAACUAAGAUGUGCACCAUCCGCAUGAGUUUCGUUAAGGGCUGGGGAGCUGAGUACCAUCGCCAGGAUGUCACGAGCACCCCGUGCUGGAUCGAGAUUCACCUUCACGGACCCCUGCAGUGGUUGGACAAAGUCCUGACUCAGAUGGGCUCUCCACACAACCCUAUUUCUUCAGUGUCUUAACAUCCAUGUCUUCAGCUUCAUUUCUCUAGGAUAGAUGCUGUCACAAGCGGUUGCUCAUAUCAUUUCAGAUUCACAGCUAGCUGAGGUUUCUAAGUAGCUGUGUAAAUACAUAUAAUGGAUAUGGUUCAUAUUUUUUUAUCACCAUUUGUUUUAUGCUACCUAAUUAACCUGGGGCCAGUACAGAGUGCUUGGGAAGGCAGGAUUUUCAAGGUUAUGCUGCAUAAUAAGCCUCUUCUUUUGUGGACAGAAAUCGAUGAAAGGCGACAGUGUAAAUGGUACGUGAAAGGUGCUGGUCGAGUGAAAGGUGCUCCAGUGGGCAAGUCCCAUCCAGCAUGUGUGGCCAGGCAGAAAUGCAGAAGCUUUAUGUUGUAAAACACAGGCAUUGGCAGCACUAGAGCAAACAAUGCUUUUGCACAAAGUUAAGCAGUCAAAUCCAUACAGUUUAAAUGAUGUCACUUCUAGUGCUACUGGCGGAGGGUGGCGUGAGAUCAAGCUUCUACAACGAAUUAUAUGAGAUAAAUCACAGGAACUUUAUUUCUGAGUUUGAACUCCAUGCUCUGUCAUUGAACUGCUGUGCUAUUUUCAAUGGUACAUUUAAAACAAACAUACUGUGAUUGGAGAAGAAAGAAACUGUGAAGCCAGGGGUCGUGUUGCCUCAAUCUACCAGUGCAAAAGUGAGUCUAACAAGGGCAAGCACAUGUGAAAAUAGAAUGACAUGAGCUAUCAUCCCAAAGGAUAAGGUCAAUUCAGAAUUUAGUCCCCGAGUCACCCAGGAGGUUCCUGCGGGUUCUGUUCUUUGUGGUCAUCUUGUUAGGCAACCUGCGGUCUGAGUCCUGUGUGGGGAGGAAGUGGGGAUGGAGAAGGGCUGAACAAGCACGGACCCGUGCCUCCUUGCACUCCGUGCCUCCUUGCACUCCGGCUCUCACGCUCGUCAGGGCAACCCCCUGCACACGUUUUCUUGUCUGUUGGUGAGCAUUAGCUGUUUACAGGUUAUUAAAACAAUAAUAAGGCCUUUGGGAAAAUUUAGACACACUGUUUGAUCAAAUUUAUCCAUUAAUUAACGAUAUCUGUAUUGGUGAAAUUAUCAACUGGUUACACCAGGUAGCCUUUUUAAAGCUAAAGUCUCCAACAUGGAAAUAACUCCUGAAAUGAAAUGAAAAUAAUUUCAUGCUCCCUAUAGUAUGAAAGAAAAGUGGUACUGAACAAAGGGUGUCUUUAAAAAAAUACAUAUUAAAAAGCCAUUCUAUUUUUCUGUGGAUGAAAAGGUCUAGGUCUUUGCCAUCCAUUAGACCCUACAUUGCUUGAAAAGAUAUUUCAUACCCUCUUAAAAAUGUGUGAUUAACAUAAAAGUUAUUCUAACAGCCAGUACUUCAGCAAUCCAAGAGGCUUCUUCAUGUAUACUCUCUGUCUAGCCUUAGUGCACACGUAGUUAUUUCUCAUCAAACUAUAUUCAAGUUAGAAAGGGUCAUGUGAAAAAGAUAAAUGAGGGAGCUACUACUGUCACCUCUGGUGACUAAUGUUCUCUAAUAGAAACUUUCAGAUAUAUAAUAGAAAGUCUUUCUUUUUAUAUUAAAAAAGGCAGCCCACUUAGUGUUUAGGAAAACACCAUAGUUUCCUGGUUUGUCUGCUAUGUGUUGUGUGGUUACAAUGUUAGGUACUAUGGGGUCAAAUGGAAAUGAGACUGUCCCAGCUCUCACUGAGAAAAGCCUAACAGGGAGCCUGGUUUUAUAGACAUCCUUGUGUGUUGCAACAUUGAAAACAAAACAUGCCGACUUUCUUAUACUU